AAGGUAGUUCAGGUUGUGCAACAACACAUUGCGGUUCGUGUUUCUUUCGACGAAGGAAAUAAGCUAACUCCAAACAGAUAGCAGAACGAAGCAAAGAUACAGCACUAGUUCUGUCCUGCUCAGUUUAGUACGUGUUUCCAGCAGCAGCACAUCUUCUCCUCAACGACCCCCUGACUUCUGUGCUCCACGAAGCGCGGUUGUUCUUGCCGACCGGUUUGUGUGUUGCUUUCUCUGCGUUCCGUCCCGUUCCGGUUCCUGUCUCUUCGUGCCGGUUGCCACCCGCCUGAACAUUGAUGAAUUCACUCGUGCGUCCGUCGUGUACCUUCAUUAAGUCCUGUGUGCUGAACCAGUGCGGACGUCCCCAACAGUUGCUGAACGUUGCUGCCUCAUUCCAUACCUCGAAGAUGGUGCAAAUUAAGGAAGGAGAUAAGGUACCCUCGGUCGACCUGUUCGAGGAUUCACCGGCCAACAAAGUCAACGUAGCGGAUCUGUGCGCCGGCAAGAAGGUGAUCCUGUUUGCCGUUCCUGGCGCCUUCACGCCCGGCUGCUCCAAGACCCACCUGCCGGGGUACGUCGAGAAGGCAGCGGAACUGAAGUCGUCUGGUGCGACGGAAAUUGUGUGCGUUUCAGUAAACGACCCGUUCGUCAUGUCCGCCUGGGGCAAGCAGCACAAUGCCAGCGGUAAGGUGCGCAUGCUGGCCGAUCCGGCCGCCGCCUUCACGAAGGCCCUCGAUCUGGGCGCCGAUCUGCCACCACUCGGUGGCCUACGCUCGAAGCGGUACUCGAUGGUGCUGGAGGAUGGCGUGGUGAAGUCACUCAACGUGGAACCGGACGGUACGGGACUGUCCUGUUCGUUGGCCGACAAGAUCAAGCUGUAGACGAACACCCUCUCACACACGCAAGCACUGUUUUCCACUUUGUGAGCAUCUUUUUUCUCUCAAUUAACGCUCAAUUAUCGCGGAAGAUUUAGCAACGCCGCGGAUACAGUCACGAUAAACCAGUACCAACAUUGCAACCCUGUGACCCAAUAGAUGUUACCCUCGUAGGAUAGAAGUUAAAAACAUUGCGAUCGAAAUUCUAAACCACUCACUUUGCUACUUACGGUAAUUGUCUUUUGCUAAUUGUUGAACAUCAUCGAGUCGUUUCUGUCCCUAUUGGAGCAUUGAUAAGUGUUAUAAAAAAAGGAUACCUGAGAGAAGAAAUAUAUACAUAUAUCAACAUCCCAAUUUGUGUGCACAUUGAGAACAAUAACUAGCGGAUUAUGUCCCUAUUCGCAGUGGGAAUAAUUCAGGCUAGAACCCUGCUAAACUACUAUCACGCGAUCCCAAUUUUGGCAAGACGCUAAGAAUAGAACCUGCAACAUACAGCGGGUGUAUGUGCCGUUCGAAUAUAGAGAAACAUUUCAUUGAAUUAGAAAUUUGAUGGAAUAAUAGUAAUGCAAGAAAUACAUACAUUUUGCUAUGCAUCAUA